GCCCAGGAAAGGCAGGGCUGGGGUGAUGACCACGCUAUCGACCCAGUGGGAUUUCGCGACAUCACCUGUGUGGAGGGACUUCGUAUCUAUGGCAACUGUCACCUGGUGGAAGGGGCGGAACUAGAUUUCCUCUGCCUGGAACGCUGACAUUCCAAGCCCUUGCCCUGCAGGCUCCCGCAGGCAGACGCACCAAAGAAGGAAGCCAGGGAAUGGCCGCGGUGUGGCAGCAAGUCUUAGCAGUGGACGCGAGACUGAUAUUACAGUUGGCUCAAACUGACCCCAACAGAGCUGCAAAGUAACUCUAUUGUCGCCAGACUGAUCUUUUCAUCAUAACCACUAAUUAUUGCAUAAUUGCCCCAUCACAAUCCCAAGAGAAAUCCCCUUUUGCUGCUCUUGAUCACUCUUCCCAUCUCAGUCACUGCCAAACAUAGUACCACCCUAUGCCUCGAGCUGAUUUAUUCCCUCUGUCCUGUGCCUGCUGCCUGCCCUGCCUCCUGGACCCCACAGGUACAACGCCUACCGUACACCAACGUUUCCACAGUUUCGGACCCAGUAUAUCCGCCGGCGCAGCCAGCUGCUGCGGGAGAAUGCCAAGGCUGGGCACCCCCCAGCACUGCGUCGGCAGUACCUGAGGCUACGGGGCCAGCUAUUGGGCCAGCGCUACGGGCCACUCUCUGAGCCGGGCAGUGCUCGUGCCUAUAGCAACAGCAUUGUCCGCAGCAGCCGUACUACCCUUGAUCGAAUGGAGGACUUUGAAGACGAUCCCAGAGCCCUGGGGGCUCGAGGACAUCGCCGUUCUGUCAGCAGAGGUUCCUACCAGCUACAGGCACAAAUGAACCGUGCAGUCUAUGAGGACAGGCCUCCCGGCAGUGUGGUACCCACGUCGGUGGCAGAGGCAAGUCGGGCCAUGGCCGGGGACACAUCGCUGAGUGAAAACUAUGCCUUUGCAGGCAUGUACCAUGUUUUUGACCAACACGUGGAUGAGGCAGUCCCAAGGGUGCGCUUCGCCAAUGACGACCGGCACCGCCUGGCCUGCUGCUCACUGGACGGCAGCAUCUCCCUGUGCCAGCUGGUGCCUGCCCCACCCACUGUGCUCCAUGUGCUACGGGGCCACACGCGUGGCGUUUCGGACUUCGCCUGGUCCCUCUCCAAUGACAUCCUCGUGUCCACCUCCCUCGAUGCCACCAUGCGCAUCUGGGCCUCCGAAGACGGCCGCUGCAUCCGUGAGAUCCCUGACCCUGAUGGCGCCGAAUUGCUGUGCUGUACCUUCCAGCCGGUCAACAACAACCUCACUGUGGUGGGGAAUGCCAAGCACAAUGUACACGUCAUGAACAUCUCCACAGGCAAGAAAGUAAAGGGUGGCUCCAGCAAGCUAACAGGCCGUGUCCUCGCCCUGUCCUUUGAUGCCCCUGGCCGGCUGCUCUGGGCAGGUGAUGACCGUGGCAGUGUCUUCUCCUUUCUCUUUGACAUGGCCACAGGAAAGCUGACCAAAGCCAAGCGACUAGUAGUGCAUGAGGGUAGCCCUGUAACCAGCAUCUCUGCCCGGUCCUGGGUGAGCCGUGAAGCACGGGACCCCUCGUUGCUCAUCAAUGCCUGCCUGAACAAACUGCUGCUGUACAGAGUGGUGGACAACGAAGGGGCACUACAGCUGAAGAGAAGCUUCCCCAUUGAACAGAGUUCCCACCCUGUACGCAGUAUCUUCUGCCCCCUCAUGUCCUUCCGCCAGGGGGCCUGUGUGGUAACAGGCAGUGAAGAUAUGUGCGUUCACUUCUUUGAUGUGGAGCGGGCAGCCAAGGCUGCUGUCAACAAACUGCAGGGCCACAGCGCACCCGUGCUUGACGUCAGCUUCAACUGUGACGAGAGUCUGCUGGCCUCCAGUGAUGCCAGUGGCAUGGUCAUCGUCUGGAGACGAGAGCAAAAGUAGGGUCCUGUUACCCUGUGCUGCCUACCAAUCCCUUUUCCUUCACUCCAGUCUUGUGUCAUAAAUUAAAUUCCUGUGGUUGUGUUGAAGAGCAACUCCCAGGUCUCCCACAAGGAGGCACUAGGGAGCACUCAGGCCUCCAGUGGAAUGGGGACCAGUUCCUCAAUUGUGCAGUACUGUGUUCGUUUUGUCCCUUCAACAAGCACUUACUGAGUAUCUGCUGUGAUGUGUCAUAUAAGCAUGCAGUCAGUAGACAGGAAGGGGGGCACCAACUAUGUUGUCAGGAGCUGUUCUGAAAAGUAGGGCCUCAAACCCCUAUGGGCUUGCAUCUCAAUAGUGGCAAAAAGACAAAAGUACAGCCAUUCCUUGGUGUAGCAUUUGCUUUCUAAUUUUUCAACUUUAUGACUUUUUGACCUUUCAGUGGUACCGAACCACACGCAUCUAUCCAGUUUUGUUUUUCUACUUUCAGUAUGGUGUUCAGUAAAUUACGUGAACUAGUCAACACUUUGUUGUAAAGUAGACUUUGCAUUAGGUAAGUUUGCCUACCUGUAGAAAAAUGUCAGUGUUCUGGGCACAUUUCAGGUAGGUUACACUAAGCUAGGGUGUUCAGUAGGUAUAUUUGUGCAUUUUCAACAUAAGAUAGUUCAAGACAGAUUUGUUGGGGUAUAACCCUGUUUGUUCAAGACACAUCUGUAUAUAAUAGGAUCGAUAGUUAAAGAUGAGUGCUGUGAAGAAAAACAAACGGAGGAGAUAGGAGCUUGCAGGAAUGGGAGGGGCGGUAGCUUCUUGGGGCAAUGUCAUCAGGAAACGUGUUCCCAACAGGAUGACAUUUUAAAGAGCUGAAUGAAAUAAGGGAAGUCAUAGGGUAGUGUAGGAGAACAUCCUUGUCAGGAAGAAAGGUUAGAUCAGAGACUCUGAGCCUGGAGUAGGUCAGAGUGUGACUGGGUGGAGUGUUCGAGAGGACAUGAGACACGUCUUUGGGGCAUCUUGGGCCAUAGUAAGGGAGGAAGCUCAGAGAGCAGUAGGGAAAUUAGGUACAGAAUGUUAAGUUCAACCUCAGGGUUUUCACCAGACUAGGUUGUGAAACUUGCCAACAUUAGAAGUUUCUGUUUGGGUGGACCCCACACUUAAUCUGUGCACUGAGUUGCGUCCCACAAGCAGUGAGCAGAGUAUUGAGUUCUUGGCGUACUAGAUUAGCAUGCAGACAGCCAUGGACUCUGGGGCUAAGGCACUGCUCCUGCUGUGGGGUGGAAGAAAUAGGAAAUCUCUAAGUCACACCUAUCUCCUCUCAUGUCCAUCCAGGGUCCGUAUUUCAGUCCUGGACCUGCUCAGAGACCAAAUACUAAUGUUCAUUAUUGGGUAUUGUCUAGGAAAUAAAUUCUCAGAUCACCAUCAGUGGUUAGGUGAUGAAGAAAUUUGAAGGGGCUCUUACAGCUCCUAUAUGCUGCUACAUUUGUACCAAUUGAAACUCUGGCUAACAUCUUUAGACCUCAGAGUCCCCAACCUGGUGAGCUGUGGAACUAACAGCAGCUCUUUGAGGGAAGAAGACAAUUUCCUAUUUAUUUCCUCUCUUGUUUAAGAGUAUGGUCACUUCCAGCCAAAAGCAUUUCUGACUCCAUCAGCCAGAUCUUAGGUUAUUAGAUUAGAAUGUCAGUGAGCUGGACUGGUCAUUGUAGUCAAAAUCAGAUGUGUGUGCCAACAUCCCUAAUCCAGCUUUGGGGUCAGUGAUUUUUCUAUGAGGACUGUAACUUAACGCAGCUGGAAGGUACAGCAAAGGCUGCCAGACCGCAGUUAAAUGCUAAUAAUCUCUUGAGAGAACCUGCCAAGGUUAACACUUCAGACCUGUGCAUUUCUGUACCAAAUGUAUGCACCAUGUCAACCAAGGUCUGUAGUAGCAAGAGAAUUUGAGUAAAUAACGGUUUUCUCUAACUUUCUCCUUUUCUUCACACUCUCCGUUUUCUUUAAUGAGUCUGGUUUUGGGAUGAUUGGUGAUGAAUAAUAUUGUUUGCAUGAUGUUUGGGGAGUUUACUUCUUGUGCAAUUUUUGAGGUGGCAGAGUUGACAUUUUAUGUUAAAUUAUCUUGGUGACACUUUUGACUCACAACCUGAAGGAAAAUAAACACUGAGCAAACAAGAAAGAAUAAAAAAUAAUGUUAUUGGUCAAA